AGUGUAUGUCCGUGCACAGUUCGAAGAAGACGACGGGAAAUGUGUUGAAUAGUCAACAAUGAGGAAAAUGAUCGAUCCUUCUGUACUGAACUGAUCGUUUAGCCUUGAAGGUCUUGCAAGACGAUCGGCCCGCUGCUUCUGGUCUAGAGUCUUCGAGGUAUCGAAACUAUCCAACUUUUAGAGGUAAUUUCGAACUCAUGGGGCUUUCGGAGCUUUGCUCAGAGGAACGCGCAAGGAAGAAGGCAAAGAAGGAGCACCCUUCCAAGAAGAGCGACCUCGACGAAGCUCUCAGUGUGAGGACAGCGUGCCUGGAUGUAAAUGUUAUUACAAAUUAUGAAAAUAGAGCGAUUCGCGGCGAUUGCUUAAAACUCAUGAGACGACUUCCUUCGGAGAUUUUGGAUUGCACCAUCACGUCUCCGCCGUAUAACAAAGGAGGAGAUGUAAUUGUGUACAAUUCGAUUUCGGAUAACAUGCCUUGGGAUGUCUACAUGGCCGAACAAUUAGCUAUAUUGAAUGAACUCUACAGAAUUACUAAGCCCGGUGGACAUCUGUGGUAUGUCCAUCAAGUCCAGCCCCGUCCAGCUCGACUCUUUCAUCCGAUGGAAUGGAUAAUCAAAUCGCCAUGGACGGUGCGACAGGAAAUUAUGUGGAAAAAAUGGGGCUGCCAAGACCGAUCGCUGUAUCGAUUUAAGUGCUUUGAAGAACGCAUAUACUGGCUGAGAAAGGAGCCCGGCCCUCCUUUUGAGUUAAAACGAGAAGUAGCAAAGUGGGGAAACCUCUGGGUUCGUCCGGAUCAAUCGGUCCAUCUGCAAAGACGCUACAGACAUCCUAGCACAUUUCCCUUGUACUUGCCCUUGGCAAUUCUUUAUGCGAUGAAUUUACCGCCUGGGUCUCUGGUGUUCGACCCCUAUGGAGGAACAGGUACCACAGCCAAGGCAGCCCAGGUGUCAAAUCACUGGUACCUGACUAUGGACGUUGACAAGGAUUACAUCACAAUGACGAAAGACCGAUUGAGAGAUACGGUGUAUGAAGACGAGUGGUGGAUUACGGUGAUGAUGAAACAGAUUAACGACGGUACUUUGAACCUUUCUCAAGACAUUCGGAAAUCGGUGCAGAAGAGAGUACUGUCGUCGACGUACUUAGCCGAUGAUGCACAGAGUGGGGAUCACAGAUAACCACAGUACGGUGCAUGAUAUUUGAUCUCAAAUUUCCUUUUCGAACUUCUGAGUCAGACGAGAUACUGAAACGGAUUGCGCAGUUGUGCAUACGCUUGAUAGGAAAAAGAUGAUAACCGACAUAUUUUUUGAUAAUGGGGCAUUCGAUAGAAGAUUGUCUCAAUAACAAAUGGCUGUAACAUCCUGCAUCCUUCUUUAUUCAAAGAACGAGGUAGUAGAUUCACAUUUUACUGUCGAAGUCAAUUAGCUUCGACAGCAAAAUGUGGAUCCGACAUUUUGACAUGUCAGACAAAGUCGGACUUAUCGGACUUAUGAGGAUUCAGUCUAGAACACUCGAACUACUGAAAGAAGCAUGGAUUUCGACAUAGUGUAAAAGGUUCGAAAUGUUUUCGGGACAACUAUCUUAUAUAUAACAAAUAUUCAUUCACUCUC